GUCUCCCACUGUCAGCUCUGUGGAAUGUGGGACGCACAUUGUGCAGCCACUGAUUUAAGGGUCCAGCCUGUAGUCACCAGCAGUGUCCCAAGUGUUCCAUCGAAAUCAUUCCUCCUCUGCUGUACAGACUCGCAUUUCAGUGGCAGCUGCCGAAUUGUUUUGAAGGUGAACCUGCUGCAGGAUGUCCUCUACCUCAGAGCUCCCCCUCUACACCACACUCCCCUCCCUCAUCUCAUCCACUCCAGGAAUUCCAGCUGUGCCCAAUGCUACCUCGUGCCAGGAGUGGGAGCAGGCCCACCACCUCCUCUUCCAUCUGGGGAACCUGUCCCUGCUGCUUGGUCUGGUUAUUCCAACCACCCUGGGUCUGCACAUGAUCCUCCUGCGCCUUCUUCUGAUGACAGGAUGUAGUCUCCUCAUCACAUGGGCAACUCUGUACAGGUGUAACCUUGAUGUGAUGGUUUGGAACGUGGUUUUUCUGGUGGUCAACUUCAUGCACUUCUUCUUCCUCCUGUACAAGCGAAGGCCAAUUAAGAUUGACAGGGAGCUGCGGUCAGUCUACAAGCGGAUGUUUGAGCCCCUCCAUGUGCAGGAGGCUCUGUUUCAGAGGCUCACAGGACAAUUCUGCACCAUCCAGACACUGAAGAAAGGCCAGGCCUAUGCUGCUGAGGAUAAGACCUCUGUGGAUGAACGCCUCAGCAUUCUCCUCAAAGGAAAGAUGAAGGUAUCAUACAGAGGCCAUUUCCUCCACAACAUCUAUACCAAUUCAUUCAUUGAUUCCCCAGAGUUCAGAUCCACUGAGAUGCACAGAGGAGAAAAGUUCCAGGUGACCAUUGUGGCAGAGGAGAACUGUAAGUUCUUGUGUUGGUCUCGAGAGAGGCUCACCUACUUCCUGGAGUCAGACUCUUUCCUCAAUGAGGUGUUUAGAUACCUCAUUGGCAAAGAUAUCACCAAUAAACUGUACUCUCUGAAUGACCCCACACUCAGUGACAAGGCGGUGAAGAAGAUGGAUCGUCAACCCAGUCUGUGCUCUCAGCUGUCUAUGAUGCAGAUGAGGAACAGCAUGGCAAGCACCAACGACACCGAUGAUGUUCUUAACCAGAUCCUACGAGGAGGAUCUGCUGGAUCAUCGCUCCAAAAAUCACCUGGCACCAAGACUUCAAUGAUGAAGCCCAUAGAAGAAGGCAUGGAGGAUGACGUUUUCAAAGAAUCUGCCCCCUCCAAGUCUCACCAUAAGCCCAACACUUCCACUGAGGAAGUGUAGCCAGCAGGGGAAGAAUACACAUCAUCAAUCACUGCAUAUUAUAUAGGUGUGUUUAGCAUGGCAUGGUUGAAAUGUCAAAUAUAUAUUUGCGGUUAUUUAGAAAUAGUGUCUCCAUUGCAUUGUUUGUCCACCAUAGAGCACUGGUAUGUUCAUUUUAAUACUGUAAAAUGUCAGUACAUGUCACAGUCCUUUAAAAAACAACCUUGUCAAAAGUAAAUGUGUUUAUGUAAACUAACAAUAUUAGUCAAUAUAUCAUUAAAAGAUUUAUUUAAGCUGAAUUAGUUGAUUUGAACUGAUAUACUACACUACUCCAUGUUGCAUAUUUGUAAACUACUGCCCAUCCAACAGACAAAAAGCAACAUUAUCAAUUAUCAUCAUGAAGUGGUGUUCCUUUUAAUCAGAUGCAUAAUAAUAUUCUUAUAUUCACUCUCCUUUUAGCUUUGGUUCAAGUCCGACACCUGGAAAAAAGUAUCUGGCUUUUCAGAAUUAUGGAACUGAACCAAAACAGUAAGGCUGCAUUCACAACAAAAGAAAAACCCUGGUGCAGCAAAUCAAACAGCACCCUUUUGAAGGAACCUGCCCAUGGUGCCACCCCCUACUGCAUUAACACACAUUUCCUAUUAAAGUGAAUGAGAGGAGCUACAGUUCUUCUGGCAGAGUAAAUGCUGGUAUGAAUGUGGCGAUAAACUGAGGCCUAGAAAAUCAAAACACUGAACACUAACAAAUGAAUUUUGAUGUGAUGUGCAACUUUAUUGAUUCUCUCACAUCUAAAAAGGCCAAUGUUACAGAAGUUAUGGGUAUGUUCUUGAAUGAUCACAGUACAGCACAGUACAUGUCAUAAUCAUCAAUGAGACCAUGAAUGCAUGAGGGCUGUCACAUACAUUGGGUCUCAAGUAAUCUGGUACAUAUAUGGACCAGACUCAUGUAACCUUUUCAGUUUUCAGUAUAUUAUUAAAAACAACAAACAAAAUAUGUUUUUGUCAUUUCUGAAAUGUAUUUUUAUUUAUGGAUUUAUAGACAGAUAAAACAUGUCUUUCAAAAUUCAUUCAUAUUUCUCAGUGUAGACUGUUAUAUUACGUCUUUAUACUGUCUUAUUUUACACACGGUCUGCUGCUUCUCAUAGACUGGCACAUACCAAACUGAAGUCAGUCAGUACAGUAAUGUCAUCACAGUUACUCACUGGUGGUUAUUGCACCAUGGUUAUUUUGCAAAUGUGCACUGUUCCUGUUUUGUAGUCAAUUGCAGAUGGACUCUGUGUCUGUAUUUUAUCAUAGCGAGAUAAGGGCCAUAAUGAGGCCUAAAGGAAAUAACAGCAGUACCCUAAGACCAGCACACCAUGGAAUAAAGAACUUAAGAGUCCUGCACACCCUCAGUCACCAGUGACCUGAUCUUUAACAUUAGAGAGGAAGAAAGAUUUAUUUUUUUUUACCAGAAUAUUGUAGUUUUAGGAAUACCAGGGAGUUUAAGUCCAUUUAAAAAAAUGAAUGAAUUAGACAGGGUGGAAUGUAGUCCCUAGUAGAGUUGCCAAAUAAAAUAGAUUCUCAGAUACUAAUCGAUACUAAAAAUAGUAUCAGAUUAGAUAUUUAUUUGCAACAGUAUUGAUACCAACAGUGUCGUCUUCGCCUCCUCCAGUUGACACACAAUUUCACACAGCACUGCUGCAGACAGGCAGGCAUUUAUGUGGACGUUAACGUUACCAGUCCUGUCCGUCUGUAACGUCAAUAAACUGUGCUAAUUAAACAGAAAUAUAUGUGUCUGAAAAGUGUUUUGUCCCAGGCUGAAGGUGAGAAAAGUCGACCAGCAAAUAAACAGCCUUUCUUAAUAAUUCUAUUUGAUCAGCAAUGAAAAUAUAGUGCCAAGUUCCCAGAGGCACAGAAACUAAACAGAGUACAUCUGUAUGGACAACCUAACCUCUCAGACAACUUAAAAAAUAUUGUUGUCAUUGGUACUGGUUUGUAUUUAAAUGUUUUGCACUACCUCAGACAGCCUAAAAUAAUUGUUGUCAUUGUUCCUGGUUAGGGCCAGAGCACGAAGCGUGCAGAGGCCCUGUUGGAAUCGCUCCAACUAUUAUUAUUCCCAUAGCCCAACAGUUGCCUUUUUGAGGGCCUAAACAUGCUCAAAAACUCACAAAACUUUGCACGUCAGUUUACGUAUUUUAUGGGUCUCGUGCACAGGCACUGCAAAAUGGUGCCCCCCAGAAAUUUUCAAAACCCCCUUGCCAUUGGGCUUACUUGGUCGUAGGUGGACAAAAAUGCAACACAUAUGUAAUAUACCAAAAUGUACAAAAAAGACUGUUGAUGGCCUCAUGGCCUCAGACUCAUAGGAAGUCAGCCAUUUUGAUUUUAUUUUGAAAAUUUUGCUCAUUUUUGCCAUUUGGGGAUGUUGUAUUUGAUCAAACUCCUCCUACAGAUUUUUUUAUAUCAACCUCAAACUUGGUCAGGAUACUCUCAAGGCCUUUGUGAUUAAAAGUUAUUGAAAGAUUGUUUUGACGUCAAAGGGUGUGGCCGUGGCGGUACCUCAAAUGUAUCACCAUGAAACACGAAGUUGCAUUUAACUUGCUAUACUUUGUCCAAUCUGCCUCAAAUUUCACAGAUGUGAUAAUGGUUCCGGCCUGAACACACGCAUAUGUCAACAUUCAUAUAAAACGAAAAGGCAUGUUUUGUACUUGAUCUGCUGUUACUAGCAGGUUGACUUGAUCCAGGCCUUCAUGAUGCCUGAUGAGUGAUAAGACAUAGGGUAAACAUAGGCUCCUCUGAUUUCUCAGUGGUCUGAAUUUUGGCACUUUAUCAGUGCCAUACUGGGAUAAUUUGUGAAUUCAUCAAAAAGAGUGACAACAUUCAUGUGAUAUUAUUUAUUUGAUCUAAUGUUUAUAAAACUAUUGAUUAGUGCUGAUUUAAAUUCUCAAAUUUCAAUAUCAGAAUUGGUCUUAAAGAUUCUGUAUCAGUCCGGUAUGGGCAGAAAUAUGUGACACUAGAAACUGGAACCUUACAAAAAUCCACAUUUCACAAACAUAUUUCACUGAUCAUAUUGUACAGUCCUGUGAUCCUGGACUGAUAACUCCCAAAAGAGAAUGAUAUCAAGUCUUUAAUUUGUUUCUGGAAAACAUAACUGGUCACUUUCUGCUUUUGUAUGAUAUGAGCAUUGAUGCAAAUCAGUUUGUAUUUUUGAUUACACAGACACAAGCAUUUUUCUGUUUUAACUGUAAGCUCAAGUGUCACACCUUCAAACAGAAUUUUUGUUAGUGAUGUUUUUCUUUAUUUCUCUAUUUUUGUUAUUUUUUUUUUUUAAACAGUGUAGUCCUUUUAGAAUGUUUGAAACAAAACCAGUGCACUAUGUGAGUUUAUUAAACAUUUGGUGUGAAUUGUAUUGUACUAAUACUGUUUAUUGUUUAAUUAUGUUACAGCUUUGGAUUCGGUUGUACACAAGCCUUGAAACCGAUUCAAUUCUUUUGUCAUGGGUAAAACAACAUCAUCAUCUUGGAGGAUAUUUCUAUUUACUUUUUAAAACAAAUUACUAAGGAUUCCACCAAUGAAUCAGUAAUAUAUUAAAUAACUAAUGAGAUUGUUGGUGUUGGUAGCAUAAUAAUGGUCAAAUCAGACAGCAUAUUUUCUCUGCAAUAGAAGUCAGUCUUCUGUUACAUCUGACAUUUCCAUUUUAACAACAACAACCGAAUAAAAAAGUGUGAUAGAUUCUCGAAUUGAGGAAGUGUUAAAGAUGUAUCAUUAAAACCUACCAUUGGCUGUAGACACUUAAGUACAGGGUCUGUGUGAUCUCUAAACAAAAUACUGGUAAUUAAGUAGCAGCAAUAAGAUUUCUGUAAAGAUCAUUUCUUCAUGUAAAUUACAUCAGCUUUAUAGAUGAAAAGGAAGCUUUUGCAUUAAUUUAUAGUCAUAGUAGUUUGUAUACUAAGCACAAUAAUCAGAAUACUUUUUAUAUUUUGUCCAUUACAUGUGUUCAUAUCUAUUUUAAAUGUUGUUGGGAAAUUCACAGACUUUACUAAUCAUAUAAGGCUGCAACAAAUGAGUUCAGCUGAAACUUCACCUUUUGAAUUAUAAAAUUUACACAAAUUGUAUUACAUGAUUGUCACUAUUAUUUAUUUUUUAAUCUGAGAGCAUCUUUUUAUUUGUUUGUUCUUUUUUAGUCACCAUUUGUUGUUUUAAAAUGCACCCUAUAAAUAAAUGGCCUGGGCUGUGGGUGUUGAUUGAU